GUGUUCGGGAUUGAGAGCGUGUAGAAGAAGUUGGAUGCCACGUCGCCGGGGUGAUUCCGCGCUGGGAUUCAGAAGUUUCGCUUACGUUAGGGAGAUUUCCUUCUCCCCAGCAAAGCAGAUAACAGUCCCGCCGUUAUGAUGCUGGAGUUGUGGCUGUGCUCACUCUCAGCUCUGAUCUUUUGCAUCCACGGCGCCAAACUUCCGGAGCCGGAGGUGAAAAUGGAAGUUUUGUACAAACCUUUUCUGUGUCAUCGAAAAACCAAAUAUGGAGACAUGCUUCUGGUGCAUUACGACGGGUUUCUGGAGAGUAACGGCACAAUGUUCCAUUCCAGCCGUCAAGAUGGAGAUAAACACCCAGUAUGGUUCACUCUGGGAAUCCGGGAGGUGAUCAAGGGAUGGGACAAGGGACUUCAAAACAUGUGCACAGGCGAGAAAAGAAAGCUGACCAUCCCACCCUCUCUGGCAUACGGCAAGGAAGGCAAAGGUAAAAUCCCCCCAGAGAGCACCCUGAUCUUUGACAUAGAGCUCAUGGAGAUCAGGAAUGGCCCCAGGUCACACGAGUCCUUCCAGGAGAUGGACCUUAAUGAUGACUGGAAGCUCUCCAAAUCUGAAGUUAAAGAGUAUCUACGUAAAGAGUUUGAGAGACAUGGAUACCCUCCCAAUGACACUCAUCAUGAAGCCAUGGUGGAAGACAUCUUUAAGCAGGAGGACGAUGACGAGGACGGCUUCAUAUCUGCACGGGAAUUCACGUACCAACACGACGAAUUAUAGAUGUUCAACUGUAAAGAGAACCAUGCAAUACAGCUUGUUAGUACAGUAUUGGUAUAAAUGUGUAUAUGAUGAACUUCAGUGUAUGAAAAUGAAGACGGGUGUUACAGUUUAUGUAAACAAGAAUCCUGGAGCAGUUACGUGCUCAUGCCUGCUGUGAAUUUCGUCCUGAAAAAUACACAAAACGUACCGUUUGUCCCCUUUGAUGUGUUGAAAGAUCAGUUUAAUCUACUAAAUUCAGCCAUUAUCCUCUGUACACCCUGACAACUGUGAAAGAUGUGUGCUUCUUUUUUUCUAGGGUGAUAGUUAACUGAAAUACGGCACACUUAUAGGAUAACUUAUGAGCUGUUUUGUUUACAUUUUGCUGUGUUUUUUAUUUUACUUACUUCAAAGUGGAUCUAAUUUGUAUAAAAGCUACCAUGCUUUAA